AUGAAGACUGCGUUCGCCUGCCUUAUCGCACUUGCAAAUAUUAUAGCUACCUCUGCAUCAGAUAAGCUUGCAUCGCAAAGUCUAACAUGCACUGUUGAACGAUACGCAGCAAAACAAAACAAAACCAUUACUAAGGAAGGCCAGAGGUGUGAGCCAGACCGCAAUAUGGAGAACAGGACCGAAGUCUGGAACAAAACAGGGGGAUUUUACUACAAUAACAACGGCGUCAACCUCUUCUACACCAUUGAAGGUACCGGUGACCCCAUCGUUCUCAUCCACGGCUGGGCCUGUGAUCAUAGUGACUGGAUCUUCCAGAUCCCAUUUCUCCUGGAGUACGGUUUCCAGGUCAUCACUAUCGACCAGCGCGGCCACGGACGCAGCUCCACACCCGUACCAGCCAUCGAUUCACAGGAGAGCCCCUACUCGUACGAUCCGGAAACACUUGCCGAUGACGCCGCCGCGCUGCUUGAAUAUCUCCAUGUAGGAAACAGUAGCAAAAGAGGUGCGGCCAUCAUCAUGGGACACAGCCUCGGCGGCGUCGUUGCAUCUGAGCUCGCUUUUCGACAUUCAAAACUGGUUAGAGCUCUUGUUCUUGUCGAUUCAGCGUACUACACCCCAAUAUCCCAGGGCGAGCUUAUUGUCGCAACGUUGAAGAACUCUUCUGCCUCAACAGCGCCUGAGGUUGCCGCCUCAUUGUUUGAGGCAAUGGAGUCGUCUGUAGCCGAGAGACCGGCAUGGAUAAGAGCCUGGCGUCUGCGGAAGACGUGGGGUAUGCCGGGAUAUGUUGUCACUGCUGUCUUCGAGCAGCUUAUUCAAUUCUUAGGACAGUGGAGUACAUGCAUUGAGUACAGGGUAGAGAGAAAAGGUGUCCCUAAGCUCGUCACGGUUGCGGAGCAGAGCUACGCUGAUUUCGAGAAUGAGGUUGGGUUGGCCGAAGGGGACAGAGUCGAGGUACUAGAUGGCGGGCACUGGCACUUCCAGAUCAACUCAACCAGAUUCAACGCCAUCAUUGAGGAGUGGUUUAUGGCAAGAGGAUACAUAGGAAGAUAG